AUGUCAGAAGAAGGGAGCCCAUUAGGCGUCUAUCGCAGACCAGACACCACCACCCACAGCCUCACUCUUUCACUCACAGCCCUGGUCAACCCCACCGUGUUCUUCGACAUUGCCACCGAGGGCGAGCCCAUGGGCUACAUCUGCUUUGAGCUGCUUGCAGAUCAAGUUCCAAAGACAACAGAAAACUUCCAGGCUCUGAGCACUGGGGAGAAAGGAUUUGGUUAUAAGGAUUCCUGCUUUCACAGAAUUAUUCCUGGGUUUAUGUGCCAGGGUGGUGACUUCACAUGCCAUAACGACACUGGUGGCAAGUCCAUCUACAGGGAGAAGCUUGAUGAUGAGAACUUCAUCCUGAAGCAAAUAGGUCCUGGCAUCUUGUCCAUGGCUAAUGCUGGACCCAACACAAAUGGCUCCCAGUUUUUCAUCUGCACUGCUAAGACUGAGUGGUUGGAUGGUGAGCACGUGGUCUUUGGCAAGGUGAAAGAGGGCAUGAAUACUGUGGAAACCAUGGGAAGCUUUGGGUCCAGGAAUGGCAAGGCCAGCAAGAAGAUCACCACUGCCAACUGUGGACAAAUUUGA